AUGCUCUUCUCUUUGGUUCUUUAUGGUUUUUUCUUCUCUCAAUUAAGCUCUCCCUCUCUUACUUGUUUUCUUUUGGAUUUGUAUGGAUUUGUAUCUAUCUAUCUAUGUUUCCUCUUAAAAGAUAGAUUUGUUUCUGUCACAAAGAAUAAGAAGAAGAAGAGCUUUGAAGAAGAAAGCAUCAAGUGAUGGCCGCCGCCUCAUCAUCGACACCGCCUUUCUUUGGUAUGACAAGGGAAGACAAUCAAAACCAAUUGAUUAUGCAACAACACUCCACCACCACACCUACCUCCUCCUCAACCGCUCCGUCCACCUCACCGCCUCCCAAGAAGCGAAGAAAUCAACCUGGAACUCCAAAUCCAGAUGCACAAGUGAUAGCACUAUCUCCCAAGACACUAAUGGCAAAAAACAGAUUCAUAUGUGAGGUAUGCAAUAAGGGAUUCCAAAGGGAGCAAAACCUACAACUCCACAGACGAGGACACAACCUCCCAUGGAAGCUUAAGCAGAAGACAACAAAGGAAGUGAAGAAGAAGGUCUAUUUGUGUCCUGAACCCACUUGUGUCCACCAUGAACCUUCAAGGGCUCUUGGUGACCUCACUGGGAUCAAGAAACACUACUCAAGAAAACAUGGUGAGAAGAAAUGGAAGUGUGAGAAAUGCUCAAAGAAGUAUGCUGUGCAGUCUGAUUGGAAAGCACAUUCUAAGACCUGUGGCACUAGAGAGUAUAGAUGUGACUGUGGUACUCUCUUCUCAAGGCGUGACAGCUUCAUCACUCACAGAGCCUUUUGUGAUGCAUUAGCUCAAGAGACAGCAAGACAUCCUACAAGUUUGACCUCAAUGGGUUCACAUCUCUAUGGGACCAACCACAUGAGCUUAGGCUCACAAGACCAAACCCACCCUUCCAAUAACAUGCUCCGGCUAGGCAGCACCAAGUUCGACCACCUAAUCCCUCCAUCGAACCCUUCUUCACUUCAAACAAUGCCUUCCUCAAACUUCUUCAUGCAAGAUUCAAAUCAACCAUCAUUCCCAAACAAGGGUUUACAUGGCCUAAUGCAACUUCCUGAUCUCCAAACCAACACCAACACGUCCCCGUCAUCCACGGCGAACAUCUUCAACCUUAGCUUCAACGAUGGUGACAACAUUGCAAAUGCUAGUAAUGCUACCAAUAAUCUAGUCGGAUCGGGAUUCUUGAACGCUAAUCAGUUCAACAUGGGAGAACAGGUUGGUUCAGGACUCGUGUCUCUUUACAACACUUCGAUACAACAACAACAACAACAACAUGAGCAUGUCACACAACAUAUGUCCGCCACCGCGUUGCUCCAGAAGGCGGCGCAGAUGGGAUCAACUACAAGUAAUAGUGGCGGUGGAGGACCGACAUUGAUGAGGGCAUUAGGUUGCACUUCUUCAUCAUCGAGCGGUGGUGCUAAUAAAUCCGUGGCGGAUAGGAUCAACUUUGGGAGCAAUUUUGGGAAUGCUAAUGUGGAGAACCAAAACAAUAAUAGUCUCCAAGGGUUGAUGAACUCUUUUGCUGCUGCACAUGGUGGAGGUUCAAUUUUUGGUGGGUUUAACACAACAUUGGAUCAGAACAGCAACAACUUUUGCAACAUUGAUGAAGCUGCUACAACUACUAACAAUAAUACUUCUAAGUUGCACCAUGAUCAUCAUCAACUUGGUGUAAGUAUUGGUGGUUCUGAUAAGCUGACAUUGGAUUUUCUUGGUGUUGGUGGGAUGGUGAGGAACAUGACUGGUGGCGGAGGCAUCAAUAUGGGAUCUUUGGAGAAUCCUGAAAUAAAGUCAACUCAUGCAAGUCAACCAUUUGGGAGUGCCAAAAUGCAGUGAAAGUGCAAGAUGUUUUAGGUAGGCAUGCGCAUAUAUGUCGACUCUCUCUAUAUAUCAGCUACUUGUUUUUGACUCCAUGUGAUAGGUUUGAAUUAAUAUUACUGAACGUGCCUAAAGGAUUUCUUUUAAACUUUUUUCCAUUGUUUUCA